GUUCCUCAACGUUCAAACACUUUGUCAUCAGUCCGAGAGCUCCGUGUACCCAACCCUGUUUCGGUGGCUCGCGCCCGGUCACAGCACACACGCAGGUCUACCAAACCGAAAUCCUCUCUUGUCCGCGCACUACAAGCUUUCCAACGUCUUCCGUGGAUAGCUAACCCGGAGUACCCUCCGGGCGCCCUAAUGCCAACGGGCUCUCCGCCUCGCAUCGCAAAGGAUUUUGUGCCCUCACGCUCCGCACGCGCAAAGCUGCGCGAAAAAACUGCACCUGGUAUGGGUGUCGUAUAUGCCAAGAAAGGUGUAGAUGCGGGUGAACUUGAAGAAGAGGAAAGAGAUAACCCGUCAUGGUAUAAACCCGGUACGCGUCAGAUCCAGCGUAGUAUGCGAACACAAUAUGCACAGAGGACCCGCGGCGUACGUGCACUUACCAACGGCAUCGGUCAUUUGAGUUUAUCAAAGGGUGGAAUGGGUCCGGUCAAACAGGCAUAUGCGAGCUACCGUGUAGCAAGUGGGCGACCAAUGGGGUACAUGUAUGCGUCUCCGAUGCCGAGUAGGAGUGUCAGCGCAGGUGGCGGCGCAUCGCCGUAUUCGGCUAUGCGGCAUCAGUAUUCGGGGCAUCCGCGUGCUGGUGGUGGGAGUGCUGGUGUUUAUACAGUACCUAGAUCAGCUUCGAGCUCGGUUGCGGGAUCUGGUGGGCGGGGCCAGAUUGCGGCUGCUGCGUCGGCGUAUCUUUCACGCAGUACGAGUGCGAGUCAGGUCAGCACGCCUGCUACGCAGAGGAGGGGCUCCGGAUAUGUAGCAAGUGUACCGAGCGCACCUAAUGUACAGGCGGCUCCGCCUGUCCCUCCCAAGGUAGUUACCGCCCAACCUCUUUCACAACAACAACAAUCAGCAUAUAAUUACAACUACCCAAGCAAUACCACUCAAAACCCAGUACAAUACUACACGUAUAAUUUUGCAUACCCUCAAGCACAACCAUACACGCGAUCCCGCGUCCCGGGUUCUUCACCGCCUCUUCCACCAGUUCCUCCACCAAGUAGUGGCUACGCGCAUAGCAGUCAUGUGCGGAGUCAAUCGUAUCCUCCUUCAGCGCCUUCGGCGUCUGGACAUAGCCAUCAUAGCCAUCAUACUCAUCAUACGCAAAAUACGCAAUACACGGCACAUCAUAUACCGACAAUUCCGAGUAUCCCUUCUCAGACUCCGUCGGCGAGUACGCAUGUGUCUUCUUCGUACUCCCAUGGAUCUGGUGGAAGCGGGAGUGGGAGUGGGAGUGUGACGACGAGUGGCUAUGGGAGUGUGAUUGCGCAGGGACCGCAUAGAUAUAUGGAUUAUUCGUAUUCGUAUUUACCGCGGUAAAAAAAAAAAGCGAUGGGUUUCAGGAGAUCUUGGAGAUCUUGUAGGUUUUUUUUUGGGAACUCGGUGUGUUCUAUAUUUGUAUCAUUUAUGUUGCAUAUACGUCAUUGCUGUACUUGCUGUCUC